CGAUCUCCACACAAAGCCUUGCGGAGGACCUCUUUCUUAGCUUAGCUGUAUGCUCAUCCAAUUUCCCACCGCCGCUCGAGGAUAAAAAGAAUAACAUGAAUAGACAGUGGACGUCUUUGCGUGCUUUGCUUAAUCUGGUUUGGUUGAGAAGUAAGGUAGGACAGAGCCGCCGUUUGAGCCCAAACUAUAGAGGUCGUUUCAGUGGGUGUCCAGUGAAUAGAAAAAUACCUUUACCAGGAACAGACCGCCUUUUCUUUUAGACGACCGAGAAGAAGAAGCCAAGAUUACUCUCGAAUAAAGAAGGAAAGAGGGUUGUGACUCAAAUGGAUCGUUGAAAGACUGAGUCUAGGACUUGGUUGGUUGAAGACUUGCGGGGAAAUAAGUAUGCGGGAGGAAGUAGCUCCAGAUAAUGAGCAGUAGGAGGAAAGUAAAGUAUUGGAGCAAGAGGGGAGAAAGAUUUCUACUAACUAAACUGCAGGGGCCUAUGAGAGUUCAAGCCUUCUUUUCAAUUCUAUACAGGGAAUUUAGUUGUGAGAGAGGUCAUCUCGGUCUUUUACUUAUUACAAAAUUAGAAGCUACAGCAAAAGAGGUUCACUCCACUCAGGCUAUCCCGACUGCAAGAAUGAAAGAGUAAAUCUAUCUUAGUCAAGGCGCUCGCUCUGCCACAAAGGGAGGAGCUGGCUAAAUAGAAAUAUAAAAGAGAUGUUUCCAAUUAAACCAUAGAUGUCCACUUCAUACUUAGAGUAUUCGAUUUCGGCUUGCUUGGGUUCAUUCAAGGCAUCUUCAUAUCUAUUAAAGAAAUCAAUCAGCUCCUAAUUAGGUCCCCCAAGGCGAGCGAAGUGACGUUUUUCUUCCCUCCGAAAAAAAAAUUUAUAGAACCCGAUGCAUAACAAGAAAAGAAAGAAUAGUAGUGGUGCCUGCGCGCAAACAAUCUUAGAACUGAGCUCUUGUAAAGGUGGGCGUUCCUACGCUCUAAGCCCAUAUCUCAGAUGCAUGCCAUGCCCAUUGGAAUAGCCCAUCACCAGGAAGCCUUUUAUCCAUUUAGCGCAGUUCCCCUUUCCCUCUCUUCUUAUAUCAACCGAACAUCCUAAAAAAAGGAAGGAAGUGCGCAUUUAGCUGUGCUUCUAAGGGACGAUCGGAGCUCCGGGAAGCUUUUUCGUUGCAGAAUCGAAAAACCAUGCCGAAUUCAGUCGCGGAUGCUGGAAGGAAGAGGAAGAGAAACCCUAAGCUCUUCUCCUUCCAUUCGUUCUGCGAUCCAGAUUGCCCCGUUAUCUCAUCGGAAUCCUUCCGAGACAGAAUAAGGGUUUUUCUCAGGGAAUUUGCAGAGGUGGAGGACUACAAUAUCCGUUCAAUGCCUGUUUGGUGUACUCUUCUGGUUCAAGGGAACAAGGGAGGUCUCUUCGUCCCUCUCUACACCAUCGAAGAAGACUGUCAAGCAUUCCGAUCAGAGCCUUAUUGCGAUCACUGUAAAUGUUGAAAAAGAAGUUUUCGUUCUUGGUUGUCUCGAAUUUAGGGUUUUGAGACUACGAAUUUCGAAACUCCUGAUGUGCUUGUUUCUUGUUCUAUAGGUUGGAGCAAUCAUUUUGUGUAUCCAGAAGGAGGUACCACAUCAUAAUUCCGGCAGACGAUGAGUGGAAAAAGCCUCUGAAUGAAAACGCUUUAGAUAUUCAGAGCCAUCUCCUGCAUGGAAUGGUCCAUUUGAACGGAUUCGGUCACUUGCUCGGUAUCAAUGGGAUUGAAGGUGGGUCCAAGCACCUUCAUGGGAGAGAGAUUAUGGAUCUUUGGGAUCGUAUUUGUACUAACCUGCAUACUCGGUAAGUUUUGCCCUAAAAAAUUGCUAAAACUCGAAGUUAGGUUUUACCCCCAAAAAACGAUGCUAGGUUAGUAAUUCGAUGGAAAAUAAACAAAUCGGAUAGACCUGUUUAUCCUUCUUGCGAGAAACCAAUUUGGGUUGGCUUGAAAUCUGACGAUAUUUGAGAACUUGGCGGUUUGUUUGGGUUAACCUGAUUAAUGUUCAGUUUAUCUCUUAUGAUGAGCGAUUUUAAUGUUGCUUUUGUAGGAAAAUCACUCUGUAGGAUGAAUCACAAAAGAGGUCAAUGGAUCUUAGGCUAUUGUAUGGAGUUGCUUAUGGUCAUUCGUGGUUUGGUAGAUGGGGUUACCGCUUUUGCAGUGGGAGCUUUGGCAAGGGAUGAUGAUGGCGAAAGGAUGGAUGGUGGCUUGUGAUGUUUGUGAAAUUUGGCAACAUACGCGCGUCCGGUGGCUCUAUACUUGGCUCCACCGUGCAAGAUGGUACGCCCACCCAUAUUGGGCUUUCAUUGAAAGAGGCUCGAGUCUUCAUUUGUAGGACUUUCCGCAUUUAAAAAAUUUCGUAUGAGAUGCGAGCCUAGCGUUUCAAAGACGGCCGGUUUUUUUGGAUCAAGGUGAGCCUUAACGGCUAAAUGGCCGCCGCAUCUGUCCUGUAUGAUAUGAAAACCUAUAUAGGCUCUCUUCAAGAAAACGGAAGUAAGAAUUCAUUUCACUGCUAUAUAUUCUUUCUUCUUUACUAAAGUAAAGAAGAAAGCCUAUAAAUUUAUUUAGGCGAAUUGGACGGAAAAAAUGACACUGGGGAGUUGGCUUAGAAUUUUAAAUAGUAGUAAGAAAUGAAACAGAUCAAAAAGGCUAUUUUACGAGAAUUCGUUUUGAUUGACAUAAGACAAAGCGCCGCUAGGAUCCUUGGGUCCGACGUCGAAGCACGUCUCUCACAAAGGUUUUGUUGCCGGUCAAUUGUCGUAACCGAACGACGGGGGUUUCCAAACCAAUCUUACUUCGCCUAUCGAAUUGGGCUUUGGUCAAGCGAUGCCUCUAAACACACAUAUAAAAAGGUGACUAAAUACCUCUUUCUUGAAGUUUCCCCAGAGUACUUCGAGGCCCGGGCAUUCCGACCGGCGGAAUAGGCAUUCAUAUAAUCCAUUUAGCCAUCUGAGGCACCUCUAUUGGAUGAGUUGACCUCACCUCUUUCAUUCAGAUCUGCAGAGACAACUGGAACAGAAGCUGCACUGGAAGAGGUAGCUAAGCCUGCCGAAUCUUGGGAAUUCAAAUCUGUUACCGACCUCCGUUGAAAAUAAACCAGCAGCUAACUGCUGAGUAAGAAGGGCAGGGUCGGUACUGUGUAGGUGGAACAAAGUAAGGUCGAGAGU